UCAUGAAUAAUUCUUCUUGUUUUGUUUUAGCUUCUAAGAAGAUCUACUGUCGAUGUAGGAAAAUCUAUGGCGUGACUCCUGCGGGCAAGCACAGCGGGGUGGAAGAGCAUCACUACCACUCUGGCCAAGCGUUCAGUCAUAAAGUCCGUGGUGGCUUAGAAGCACGGUACAGCUGUUGCGAAGGUGUCCUUGGGUUACCCGGGUGUCAGGUCGCCAAGCUUCAUGUUCGUGACCAAAGAGAAAACCUAGAGGGCUUUGUGAAGACUUUUGUUAAGUUUCCACCCUCUGAUGGGAAUCACAGCGUAUUUGCUGUGAAUUGCGAGGUGUGCUAUACAGCCAAAGGUUUGGAACUUACUCGAGUGACAGUGGUUGACCCCAGCCUCCAGGUGGUCUAUGACACCUUUGUGAAACCAGAUGAGGAAGUCAUUAACUAUAACACUAGGUUUUCUGGCGUGGUUGUUGAAGAUGACUUACAGAACACUGAAACCUCAGUCCUCGACAUGCAGGCCUUCUUAUUGAACCUGUUCAGCGCUGGCACUGAAUCGGACACAGCUUCGAGCAUAGUCUCUACAUUCUUAAGUUAAUUCAUACAUCAGUUGCAGACACGACAGUUACGUUUCCUCAUCGGCUAGGCUUGCCUCACAAAAGAUCCCUGAGGAGCCUGGUGGCUGACUCCCUGCCCAGUCAUUCAGGAGGACAGUAAGUGCCUGCUCGUUCCUGACAGACAGCAGGAUCCUAAGUCUGACUUGAGUGCAUAAAUCGGGAGGCUCAUGGUGAAGGUCCACUGUUUGAAAUGCUUCCCUGGGGGUUCUCUCCCAAGGUAGCGAAUCCUAAAGCAUCUGACUAAGUAAAAACCAUUUCCUGUCCACUGCCUGGUAUAGUCUGAGAUGUUCCACAGGCAUCAAAACAGCAGUGAAGCUGAGAAUGGUGACAUCAUUGUUCAGCAAGUUGCCUGGCCUUUAAAUUCAUGCAUCAAACUUCGGUCGGUGUGGAGAUCUAAUUUCACUAGAAAUUUUGCUGUGUGCCUCUUCGCAUAUGUGAUUUUCAUGAAACCUAAUGAGAUUGUAAAAUCAAAUGAGUCCAAGUCAUCUUACCCAGGGUAAAUAGUGUAGGUUGCAUUAGAAAAUGUACAGUUCAAAUGAAUAGAUUCAUUAUGCAUGUGCUUGCUCUGUACCAGAUUAAUGUAUCUUCCUCCCAGGACUUUUCCUCUUUUUGGUUUUUUUGAUGAAAAAUACCCAACAUUAAACAAGUUACUCCAGUACAACAAGUCCAGCCACCAACUACCCUGUUAGUGACGUUGCCGGAUGCACGAGAUACGUGUCUGGCUUGGACUGGAGGUUACUUACUCUUUACAUUCAUGCUUACCCAUACCGGCCCCUCUUUUGCACAAGAUAGAAAAGAAAGUUAAUUUUGAGCAUGUUAAAAUUAUGUUAUGAUUCUACUGUUUCUACAGAUGCUUCUCUGAUCACGUCAUUUACUGUGCAAAAUACAUAUUUUACCUUAGGUCUCUCUCGUUUCAGUCUCUGUUACACACUAACCAACAUCAUCUUGCAAAGGAUCUUUAAUUGACUUUAUCUGCUGUGGUCAAAAUAUUCAUAUCUUAAAUUCCCACAAAAUUCUAUUGUAAAAUUUGUAACGUGUUCUCUUGAAACCAAUCUUGAACCAGGGACGUAAAAAUAUUUCACCGAACAACAAAAAAUACCCAGUGUGAAACAAAAUCUUCUAAAAGUGAUAGAAUACCCCAGUUCUCUCAGAAUAACACAAAGAGAGAAACACAGAAUGUUACAUACCAUUUUAGAAGUGCGGACUGUAUGACUUUUCUUAAUCUUGGGCAUCAUUUAUUAUUUUCACCAGAACAGUAGGCUUGAUAUCUUGGGUAAAUGCCAUCUACUUUUUAAAAGCAUGUAAUCUUGUAUCUAAGGCUCCCUUUGUCUAGCGAGGUGUACUGCGUUCUCUAGCAUCCUUUAUUUCUGGCUUCUUGUCAGAUCUGUCACAUUGUGUGGUAUCUCCCUGGAAAAGAGGCACCUGGAGAAGGUACUGAUGUUCUGCCCAAUCAUAGCAACGUAGUGACCAUGUGACUGAGGACCGGCUACAUAGGGAAAGGGAGAUGUUUGUGCCUCUAGAUUUAUGUGAAACCUUUCUAAAGCAACCCAGAGGGGUUGUUCUAGGUGUGAAAUAAUAUCUUAAGUGGCCGGUGCUGAUUUUGUUAAAACUCAAGACUUCAUUUUGAGACCACCCGUGGGUAACAUCGCAGAUAGACUUGUCUGUGUCUAACAUGUUAGUUUAUAUUCUAUACUGUUUGGAGGUCACAGUUCAAGUGAAAAUGCAGCCACCUGCAUGGAACUGGUCCUCUGGAAGGUGAAAGAUGACCUGAAAGGAAAGAAGUAACCACUUGCUUGAGAAUAUCGUUUCUGUGUAGGGAGGGUAGUUAUCGAGAAUAUCUUAAGCUGCUGCAUGGCUUCAGUGAGUUCUCGGCCUCCACUGCUGGCAGUAGAGUUUGCUCUACAAUAACAUAAGGUUUCUUGACACUUUCAAAGAGAAGAGGAGAAGGAAAAGCACUGUUGAGGUUUAUUUAUUACAUUUUAAAGGUUCAGUUUCCCCAGUGAUUUUCAAAGUUGUGACUGGUAGGUAGAGGCGGGAAGGCAUUAGGCUGUUUGGAAUUUGACUCAUCUUUGUGGGCAGUGGGCCGAUGACUGUGGAAGGUGCUUUAAAGUUGAAGUCAUGGGUCCAUGACUUUCACAAAGGUUGUUUCUCAGGUUACUUCAAUUUCUUUUUCUCUGAAUACCUAGAACCAUUAUACUGCUUGGAGUUAAAAACAUUACCUAACAAGAUUGUAACAGUUUCCGUUAGACAUAGAAGUAGAGGUUUUCCUCACAAAAUAUGUGGAAGUGACUGUACACUUUCCAGUGUGCUCUGUUAACAUAAAAGUUGUGGUUAUUUGGCUGUUGCAUAACGUGUCUUUAUUCUGGCUGCUGUGCUGUUACUUGAUGCUGAUUCACAUCAACAACUCACCAAUUUUUUUUUUUUUUUAAGGAAGUGUCCUAGAGAUCUUAACACUAAAUUCGUAUCUCCAUACCCAGUGCUGGGGUUGUCAUUCUUGUAAGCAGUUCUUUCUUUCUUAAUUGCUUUUUGAUAAUGUGAAAACUGGCCUGUGGAGAUGACAUGACUUGAUUCAGUUUGACUGCUUACCUUUGAAUAAGUAUGAUUCUUGAAUACUAAGAUUAACCAAUCGUAUGGCCCCUGUGCCAGGAGUGAAUCUGUGGCCGUCUGACAGUGGAUGGUGAGGAUGUGCCCUCAGUCAGCUCACCUCGGCUUGGCUGCCUUGGCAUUUUAAAUUUACAAGUAAAUCUUAAGUAUCACUGAAUACCUUGUUCUUGCUUCAAGUACUUCCUUAGUCAUCUGUCUUAUCCUUGACGUGAAGUAAAUUCGUAAUGAUGUAAAUUUAUCUUAGAGUCAAGAAAGUCAAGCUGUUAUAUAAAAAGCAGCCGUUAUUGUGCAUUCCAAAGCCACAUGCAGAAUUUGAAGACAUUUGCAUUUUCAGAUCAUCCUGUUCUUGUUUGGUUCCAUGUACAUGCAAACCAAGAAUUGUCAGGAGUAUUUCCACAACAUUUGGGUAAAAAGCAAAAAGGAACUGUUACAUACAUAUAUGGACCUAUUUUCGGUGUCUCUUCAUUCUAGUGUCUACUUAGUUGAUGAUUAAGGAAAUGGUGGCAGCAGUCCUGGUUUUGCUGUGUCUCCAAUGAGUAUGUUGUGAACAAAGAGCAUCUGGGACAAAGACAGUUUCCUGGUCCGUUUCUGAUGCAUAAAGUCGAGCAGAUGGCGGAAGCAUG